ACGAGGGCAAAGUACGAGCGGAGACGUGGUCUCCUGCAUGGCGCGAGGCUGUAAAAUCCGUGCUAUAUUUAAACUAGCCGUUGGGCACUAAACGCGGAGCAAAUCCUCACGUAUAAUGCAUAACCAUCCACUCCUAUUAGGGCAAAUAGAGAGGAAUAAGAAGGAGAAGAGGAGAAGAAUAAGAAUAAGAAUUGGAAUAAGGGGGGAAGAGCAAUAAUGGCGCCGACGACUCCCGGCCUCCGCGUCGCCGCCUUUUGCUCCGCCCUCCUCCUCUCGGCCACCCUCGCUGAGCCCUUUCUCUUCGACGACCUCUUCUACAGCCCUCAGCCGGUCGACGGCGACGCCCCGCCGCUCGACCCCGUCGCCGCUGACGACAACGGCCUGACUCCCCCUCCCGUUAAGCCCAGCAAUGUGCCGCCUCCUAAGGCGGUGAUCCUGCCGCUGGAUGAGGGGGCCGGGUUCGCGGGGAAGUGGGAGAUCGUGAGCGAGAACGCGGGGGUGUCGGCGAUGCACCUCGUGAUCAUGAAGCACGGCAAGGCCAUCAUGUUCGACACGACGGCGUUGGGGCCGUCGCUGAUGCGCCUGCCGGAGGGCAACUGCCGUGAGAUUCCGAACGGCAAGGACGGCGCGCUGGACUGCUGGGCGCACGCCGUCGAGUUCGACUACAACACCGGAGAGAGCCGGAGGCUCAAGGUGCUGACAGACCCCUGGUGCUCGUCCGGCGCCGUCGCGGCAGACGGCACCCUCGUGCAGACCGGAGGCUACGCCGACGGCGACAAAGCCGUGCGGUACCUCUCCCCCUGCCCGACUUGCAAUUGGGUCGAAUACCGCUUCACACUCGCCGAAGCCAGAUGGUAUGGGACCCAGCAAAUCCUGCCGGACGGCAGCUUUGUUGUGCUCGGUGGCCGCCGCAGCUUCAGCCUGGAGUUAGUCCCCGAGGCCGGGAAGCAGAACACCAAAGCGACCAACUUCCAGUUCCUGCGGGACACCACCGACAAUAUGGAGAACAACCUGUACCCCUUCGUCCACCUCGCCCCCGACGGCAACCUGUUCGUCUUCGCCAACGACCGCGCCGUCAUCCUCGACCCCCGCACCUGGGCCGUCGUACGCAAGCUGCCCACGCUCCCCGGCGGGGCUCGCAACUACCCGGCCUCCGGCAUGUCCGCGCUCCUCCCCCUCGAUCUGCGUAAAGCCGGCAAAAAGCCCGUCCAGGCGCGGGUCCUUGUGUGCGGUGGCGCGCAGAAGGACGCCUUUGCCUUGGGCGACAAGCACAUCUACCCGCCGGCUCUAAAGAGCUGCGGCCGCAUCAGCAUCACGGACCCAAAAGCCCAGUGGGCCAUAGAGCAGAUGCCGGUGGGCCGCACGAUGGGCGACAUGCUCCUGCUCCCGACCGCUGACGUGCUUAUCAUCAACGGUGCCUCCAAGGGCUGCGCCGGCUGGUGGUUCGGCCACGACCCCGUCCUCUCCCCGCUGCUCUACAGCCCGAAGAAGCCCAGAGCGUCACGCUUCCGCGCACUUGCCGCGACGAACAUCCCGCGCAUGUACCACUCGAGCAGCGCGGUGCUGCCGGACGCCACCGUGUUGGUCGGAGGCAGCAACGCUAAUGAUCGUUACAAUUUCACGGCCGAGUUCCCGACGGAGGUGCGGGUGGAGCGGUUCUACCCGCCAUAUCUGGACGAGCAGCUGACUGCAAACCGGCCGGAGAUCAAUGAGGAGUCGGUGUCCGGCGGGAUGCAGUAUGGCGAAACCUUUACGUUCAACUUCCGCCUGCCAGAGCAGCUGACGGAGCAGCAAGAUGUGAUGGUGACAAUGUAUGCGCCGCCGUUCACGACACAUGGGUUCUCUAUGAAUCAGCGACUGCUCAUACUAGAGAUACAGAACUUCGUCAUCGGCCUGGACGAGUGCCAGAUCUCCGUGACCGCACCGCCCACGGCAGAGCUCGCACCGCCUGGGUACUAUCUGGUGUUUGUGGUAGUCAGCGGCGUGCCCAGCAAGGCCAUUUGGGUCCAAAUUCAGUAGUAACACUGCAUGUAAUUGCUCUCUACUUUGUACUUUUGUCAAGUGUUUGUCAAUGGAAGAAACAUAGUUUCCUUUAUGUU